CUGCAGCGCAGACAGAGCUGGAGUGGCCGACCCCACCGUGGUGGUGGUGCCGACACCGAGAGCUGCCCCAUGCCCAAGGAGAGGACCACAGCGAUGUCCACCCCACUGCUCAUCGCCCUUCUCUGCCUCACCACCUCCAUCCUGCAGGCUCAAGGGAUGGACGAGCAGGUCCUGGAGAAUAUGCUGCAGCAGGGCUGCAAGAGCACCCUGCACACCAAGUUAAAACAGCUAGAAGAGAAGCUGGCCCACCAGGAGAAACACAACUUCACAGGCAGCAUGAUCGAAACCUACGUGUUCAAGUUCAUGACCAAGCACUUCAGAGGGUUAAACCUCAGCAGCAGGAUGCCAGAGCAGGGUGUGAAGUCAGGAGCUGAGAGGAGGCUCAGACACGCCAUGAGCUUCCCAGCAGAGCUCAUGGAGGGGAUACGGGCACGGGAGGUGGAGCAGAAGCUCAUCUGCAUCUAUAUCCACAGCCCCUGCAUCUUCCGGCACGCCCACCCCAUCACCCACCCCACGCUGCUGAGCAACAGCGUGCUGGGAGCCUUCCUGCAGAGCGGGCGCGUGGCUGGGCUCAGCCACCCUGUGGAGAUCCAGUUCUGGCACAACAUGGUGCUGGAUGCCUCCAAUGCCAUCUGCGUCUUCUGGCAGCCCAGCACCGGCGCGGGCGCGGGCAGCUGGAGCAUGGAGGGCUGCAAGACCAUGCACAGGGAGGGCACCGUUAUCUGCCACUGCAACCACCUCACCUACUUCGCCGUCCUGCUGGUCCACAAUCCCCUUCCUCCUUCCCUCUUCCACCUUCCCUCCUUCCUUCUUCCUCCUAUUCCCAUGCUCCUUCCGCAGCAGCUGAGGGACAACACAACUAGGAUCGCCGGUGCCGAGGGGCUCUGCCGGAUCGCUGCUGCCCUGCUGCAUGCCAGCCUUCUCUGCAGCCUGGCGUGGAUGGGCACCGAGGCCUUCCACCUCCUCCUCCUCCUCGUCAAGGUCUACAACAUCUACAUCCAGCACUACCUCCUCAAGCUCUGCCUCUUCGCUUGGGGUCUGCCCACGCUGGCCGUCGUGGCUGUUUUUGUCUUCAAGGGAGAUACGUACGGGUACCACACCAUCAGCACCUCUGAAAGCUACAGGAAUGUGACCAUGUGCUGGCUCACCAGCCUGCCGGCCCAUUACGCCACCCUUGGCUACGCUGCCCUCAUCCUGCUCUUCAACUUGCUGGUGCUGGGGAGGGUGGUGAUGAUACUGCGGAGGAUACGGCGGCAGAAGGAACAGGCGAGGAAGGACUGGGCUAUGGUGCUGGGGCUCACCUGCCUGCUGGGCAUCACCUGGGGCCUGGCCUUCUUCAGCUUCAAUGUCUGCCUCAUCCCCCAGCUCUACCUCUUCACCAUCCUCAACUCCCUGCAAGGUCUCUUCGUCUGCCUCUGGUAUGUCAGCGUGCACCGUCGGAGCAAGCUGGGCUCCAUCAGCAACACCUCCAGAUAACAUGCCCCAAAGCCGAGGCGAGGGGCUGCGAGGAAGGCAAGGGGGCUGCUCCCUGAGAACGCGGCGUGGCAGCGGCCCCCGGGCUCGACGACUGGCUCCACAGACGCCUCGGGCUUCUUCAAGGGGAGCAUUUGGGCUGCAGAGCU